AUGGAACUGGGUGCUCUAUUGAGGGAGCUGUGUGAUUCACCCACGGGUGACAUGGCACAGAACCCACAAAUCCAGUCGCUUCGAGCCAUGACCCUUGACAAAGACGAACUGCUGUCGUCACUUCCCACGACAGGGGAUCCAUCCACACAACCUCUUCACCUUCUUCACACUCUUUUGAACCACCUACCCGAACCUUGGCCUGUAUUCUCACUCGUCAAGUGUUUGACAAGAGUCUACAAGCAUCUCCCCGAAGAUGUCAAGACUGGCAAUGAUUCUGCAUCUGCCCAUCUCUUGAGGCAGACUACAGAUCUUGUCAAGGCCUCGUACACUUCCCUUGCCCACUUCAUCAGCGACGAGAACAAGCCAGCCCUCCGAGCUUCAAGUGGUGGUCAAGUCAUCACUCAUCACCAAUUGCGCCAGUUCGUCGACAACUUCCAACUUCCCGUCCAAUCACCCGGUCGCAAGCCAAUCGUCUCCAUCGCCCUACCAAACGGUCCCCUCCUCGCUGCAACAUGUAUCGCCGUCACGACAUACUACACAGCAUCGCCCAUCAACCCCGCCGCCGGUCCUGAACAAUUCCGAGCCGAUAUCCUACAAGCACGAUCGAACUUUAUAUUGACAACGAGGGAGGAGUAUACCAAGUUGCAACUCGAUGCACCAUGGGUUUUGGAGAACAACAUUGGGGUUUAUGUUGUCGAUUGGAUCGCUGGUGACGGCAUCUCAGUCGAGACACUCAAUGGCAAGCCUCUACCCAUUGGCAUGGUCGAGCGAGUCGCCAACACAGCCGACGACAUCAGCUUGAUCCUCUUCACAAGUGGUACUUCUGGUACCAAGAAGGUUGUACCACUGACAACACACUCCAUCGUCACUGGAGUUGUCGCAGUCAUUGAGUCAUGGGGUCUCACCUCAGAAGACAUCUGUCUGAACAUGAUGCCUUUGUACCAUGUUGGUGGUCUGGUGAGGAACAUCUUUGCCCCGAUAUUCGCCAACGGUUCGACAGUCUGCUGUCCUUCCUUCGAUGCCAACCUCUUCUGGGAUGUGGCUGAGACCAUUCAACCUACUUGGUACUAUGCCUCACCAUCCAUGCACUCCGUCAUCGUCGCCGAAGCAGCUGCAAGGCCUGAGGCGUUACAGAAGAGCCGUAUCAGACUCGCCUGUAACGCUGCUGGUGGUUUGCUCCCGUCCUUGGCGUAUCAGCUUCGAGAUACCUUCAACUGUGUCGUCCUUCCCAGUUAUGGAAUGACAGAGUGCAUGCCCAUCUCCACCCCACCUCUCGACUACCGCCUUGACCGUGAGGGUACUUCCGGUAUCAGCACUGGUCCCGAACUCACCAUCCUCGACUGGUCCGAAGACCAAGUCCCUAUCAACACGGUAGGACGAAUCUGCGUACGCGGCGAUCCUGUGUUUCCAGGCUAUCUCAAGCCUGAUGGAUCUUACGACAAGUCACCUUUCAACGCGAGCGGGUGGUUCGACACGGGCGACUUGGGAUACAUGGAUGCUGAUGGAUAUCUCUACAUCACUGGCCGCAGCAAGGAAGUCAUCAACCGUGGUGGUGAGCUGAUCUCGCCAUUCGAGGUUGAGAACGCCAUCAUGACUGCUUCCAAGACUGAUGAUUCACCCAUCUACGGAAGGGUGUCACAGACUCUUGCUUUCUCGGCAACCCACGAUGUUCUUCAGGAAGUCGUCGGAGUCAUUCUUGUUACACCUUCUGGUGUUCCUCGUGUUGAUCUCAGAACUCUCCAUGCUGCGUUGAAGGCUUCACUCCAGCAAGCAAAGUGGCCCGUCCUCAUUGCUUACAUGGAUGAUGUUCCCAAGAACAACAACAAGGUUCUUCGCAUCAACCUUGGGAAGCGUCUUGGUCUUCCUUGUCUCACCGAUGACACACCUCAUAUGGGACGACACUGGGAUGCGACUUGUCCUCCUGCUGAUACAGCUCUGUCUGUGUCCAUUGACAGCUCGCCUUGUCAAGUCGACUACCACCUGCUUUCAACUCACAUCCAGGGCCUUGUCCCUGGUGAUGUUGAUGUGUUUUGCCUUCAGGGCAGCGAUGGUGCACCUCAUGCUGUCCUGGCACCCAAGACCAACGACGUUGCUGUUCAGGGUACCAGCUUACCCAACAGCAUUCGACAUGGUCUUGGUCAUCUUGUCGACAACUACAUGGUCCCCAGCGAGAUCCACAUCCUCGAUCGUCCACUACCUCGCAACUCGUUUGGCGAAGUUGACGUUGUCAUGCUCCAGGCACGACUCGAUGAGUUGGCGAUGGCUUCAAUGAAGCAACUGGAAGCCAGCACCGAAGGACUUGUCACCAAGGCAUUCGCCGAGGUUCUGUCUCUUCCACCAUCCGACAUUCCCCGCGACGCCGACUUCUUCAGCCUUGGGGGUGAUUCCCUUCGAGCUGGACGUCUUCUCGCAGCUCUUCGUUCCGAGUUCAGCAUCCAUCUUCCCAUCACUGUCGUCUUCAACGAUGGAACUGUUUCUGCACUUGCCUCUCACAUCGACAAGAUGCUGGAGACCAAGCGUGAAGGACAUGAGGAGGUUGACACUGUUGAGGGUUGCACCACAACUCACAGCUCUACCAACCCAUUCCUGAUGCUUCUCCAGCUCGUCCCUCUUGUCGUUGUUUAUCCCCUCCGUCGCGCCUUUCAGUGGACUGUCUUCUUCGUCGCUCUCGCCUACAGCCAGAAGCUUCCCACCAACCACUCCAUCCCAGGCCGCUUCGUCAACUUGGUCGUCUCCCUCCUCAUCGCUCGCAUCGUCACUCAGUGUGUCUCGCCUUUUGUCGGUAUCAUGGCGAAGUGGCUCAUCAUCGGUCGUCAUCGCGAGGGCAUGUAUCCCAUGUGGGGGUUGUAUCACACUCGAUGGUGGUUGGUGCAGAAGAUUGUCGCUGUCUGUGGCAAGGGCUUCUUCAGUACCAACGACAUGACUCUCAAGAUGUACUAUCGGCUCAUGGGUGCUAGCAUUGGCAAGAAUGUGAAGCUCAAGGGUGCUUCCAUUGGAGAGUGGGAUCUUGUCACUAUUGGCGACGAUGUGGACAUCACGGGAAGUCACUGCCGACCCUUUGCUUCAGAGGGUAACACUUCCAUGUAUCUUGGCCGCAUCGCAAUCGGUGACAAGUGCACAGUGGGCUUCUCUUCCAUCAUUGUUCCGGGCACCACCAUGCCCGCCAACACUUGCCUCGGCUUCAACUCAUCAACUUGGGAGAUGCAGGACGCCAGCGAGGAGUAUCGCGACCAGCUCCCCAGCGAGAGGAAGAGCGCUCACUGGCUUCUCAGUCUUCUCUUCACUUUCCCACUGAAGCUUCUCUCCAUGUUUGUGGCUGCUCUUCCAUGGGCUGGUGGUCUCGUUGGUAUGGUUCUGAAGAAGGCUUCACCCGCUGUCUCGCCUUUGAGAAGCAGUGUCGAGUGGUUCUGUCAGCCUACGCGAAUCGGGUACCACUAUCUUGCUCGCGUCGCAGGUUGUGUUCUUGGUCCCUUCUUCCUCUUUGCUUUCAUCAUGCUCGUCAAGUCCAUCUUGGAUUGUGUCUUUGGCAAGCUUCGCGCUGGUUCCAAGCAGGACACGUCUACUGUGGCAGCUUGGAGGGCUGGCUUGAUCAAGGAUCUGUAUUCUGUCAAGAAGCUUCAUGGCUUGACGAGUAUGUUUGGACAGCACUACGAGGCUACGUCGAUUGCUCUACGAGCUCUGGGUGCCAAGGUGGGACAGCGUGUCUACUGGCCUGGAACUGGACCCAGUGUUGGUGACUACCAUCUCAUCGAGGUUGGCAACGAUGUUGUCUUUGGAUCGCGCUCUCACCUCGUUACCUCUGAUGGUAUUGGAUCUGAGAAGGUUGUCAUCCAGGACCGGGCAAUGAUCGCUGAUCGAGUCACUCUUCUUCCCGGCGUUACUGUUGGAGAGCGAGUCACCAUGGGUUCUGGUGCCUUGACCAAGCGAGGAGGUAACUACCCUCACGGUACCUAUGUUGGCUCCAAGGCUGGUGAUGCGGUUUGUUUGUCGACAGGUGACUCGAGCAAUGGCAGCAGUGCUCGGUCGUCUAUGCUUGACAUGCCUUUUGAUGAGAAGAAGUUCCAGAGCGACUCGGAUCGCAGCCAGAACUCUGGAAGCAUCAAGGAUGAGAGCGCGGACAAGGACGGCUUUGCGAAGGAUCUGUCUCCGUUUGGUCGGGCCUUUUAUCUCAAGCUGGCACCCUACUACGUCCUUGGUCCUUUCGCCAUCUUCUGCUACUCGACCUUCUUCGCCGUCUUCACAUCUGUCUACUGGGACGCUCCCAGCAUCUCGUCCAUUCAGCUUGUUCGUGUGGUAUUCAUCCAUCUUCUCGGUACUGGUCUCAGCUGGUGGAAGGAUCUGGCUGCCAUUUUCUGCACCAUGCUCAUCGCCAUGGCUGUCAUCACCACCGUUCAGUCCGUUCUCGCCUUGGCCAUUGUCAUCUUGUCCAAGUGGGUUCUGAUGGGUCGUCGCACACCUGGCAACUACGACUGGGACAAGUCCUCCUACUGCCAGCGGUGGCAGAUCUUCCUUGGCAUCGAGCGUCUUCGACGGGAGUGCUACAAGGGCAACGGCAUUCUGAACAUGCUCACGGGAACCACCUGGAUUGUGUUCUACUUCCGCCUUUUGGGUGCCAAGAUUGGCAAGGAUUGUGCUCUUUUUGCCAACGGCCAGCCCAGUCUCAUGUUCACUGAGCCUGACUUGAUCUCUUUGGGUGACCGUGUGGUGGUUGAUGAUGCAAGUGUCGUCGCGCACAUCAACACUCGUGGCAAGUUCGACUUGAACAGGGUCGACAUUGGAGACAGGUGUGUUCUUCGUACGGGUAGCAGACUUCUCAGUGGCGCUCGUAUGGAGAAUGACAGUUGUCUGUUGGAACACACACUCAUCAUGGGUGGUGAUGUUGUGGAGGAGAAGUCGACGAUGCAGGGUUGGCCUGCGGAGAGGUUCACUCGCAAGAGAGUGUGA